AGGCGCGGGGGCCGCGCCGCCGUGGCGCUGGCCGCCUCGCCGGGCCAGGACCCCGAGGAGCCCGGGCGCGACGGGCGAGGCAGGGGCUUCGGGAGGGGCGGCGGCCCAGGCGGCGGAGGCGGCGGGCGCAUGACGGCGGCGAAGAAGCUCGUGCGGCAGCAGGAGGAGGAACUGCGGAGGGAGGGGGAGGCGAAGGCGCGCCAGUUUGCCGAGGAUGCCAUGGAGCAGGCCUCGCGGCGGGCGAGGAGGCGGACGGGGACGUCUCAGGACCGACGCGGCCGACCGCGUGGACGAGGGGGGCGAGCCCGACGAGAGCGCCCGCUCCCGGCAGCAGGGGCGGGCGAGGGCGCGGGAGUUCGUGGAGCAGACCCAGCGGCAGGCCCGGGCGGUUGCCCGCGGGGAGGCGGCGGCGUCGCACGGGACGCGGCGGCCCCCGGGGAGGCGGAGGCGCUGAAGACGGCCGGGGCCCGGGCGUCGAGAGAGGCAGACGCCAGGGCCCGCCGGGAGGCAGAGGCCACGGCGGCGAGGGAGGCGGAGGAGAGGAGGCCAGGCUCCGGGCAGAGGCCAGGGCGGCGAGGGAGGCGGAGGAGAUGGCGAGGCAGGAGGCGGAGGCGAGGGCCCAGAGGGAGGCCGAGGAGAAGGCGAGGAAGGAGGCGGAGGCCAAGGCGGAGAGGGAGGCCGAGGAGAGGGCGCGCGAGGAUCGAGGCGAGUGCCAAGGCGCAGAAGGAGGCGGAGGCCAAGGCCAAGAGGGAGGCCGAGGAGAAGGCUCGGAAGGAGGCAGCGGAGGUUGCCAGACGGGAAGCUGAGGCCAGGGCAGUGAGGGAAGCCGAGGAGAAGGCGCAGAAAGAGGCAGAAGAGCUUGCCAGAAAGGAGGCGGAGGCGACAGCGCAGCGGGAGGCAGAGGAGAAGGCUCGGAAGGAGGCCGAGGAGCUUGCUAAAAUCGAAGCUGUUGCCAAGGCGAAGAAGGAGGCCGAGGAGAAGGCGCAGAGGGAGGCAGAAGAGCUUGCCAGAAAGGAGGCGGAGGCGAAAGCGCAGCGGGAGGCAGAGGAAAGGGCUCAGAGGGAGGCAGAGGAGCUUGCCAGAGUCGAAGCAGAAGCCAAGGCGAAGGCGAUGAAGGCUGCCGAGGAGACGGCGAAACGGGAGGCGGAAGAAGUUGCCAGAAAGGAAGUCGAGGCCAAGGCGAAGAAGGAGGCAUACGAAAAGUCGAGAAUGAAGGCUGAGAUGAAGGAGGCCGAGGAGAAGGCCAAACAGGAAACAGAAGCCAAGGCACAGGAUGAGGCUCAGGCUGAGGCCAGGGCAAAACUCGAGGCCGAGGAGAAGACACAGAAGGAAGCGGAAGAGCUGGCCGGAAAGCAAGCCGAGGCCAAAGCGAAAAAGGAAGCCGAGGAGAAGGCGCAGAAAGAGGCAGAAGAGCUGGCCAGAAAGGAGGCUGAAGGCAAGGCGAAACGGGAGGCCGAGGAGAAGGCUCAGAAGGAGGCCGAGGAGACAGCCAGGAAGGACGCGGAGGCCAGGGCGAAGCAGGAGGCCGAGGAGAAGGCGCAGAGGGAGGCAGAGGAGCAAGCCGGCAGGGAGGCGGAGGCCAAGGCGAAGCGGGAGGCGGAGGAGAAGGCGAAGCAGGAGGCGAAGGAGCUUGCCAGCCAGGAAGCCGCGGCCAAGGAGGCCGAGGCAAAGGCGAGGGCGGCGGCGGAAGAGCUCGCUGGAAGGGAGGCCGAGGCCAAGGCGAAGAAGAAGGAGGCCGAGCAGUUGGCGUCCGCGAGGGCGCAGCUGGAGGCGGAGGCCAAGGUGAGGCAGGAGGCGAAGAAGGCGAGGAGGGAGGCCGAGCAGAUGGCGAGCAGGCAGCCCGCGGCACCGCCGGCCACGGGGGCCGCGCAGCCCGGGGAAAAGGACUGACUGGGUGCAGAAGGAGGCCCAGACGAAGGCGAAGAAGGGCCUGGUGCCCGGCUUCGACCCGGCCAAGGAGGCGCGGCGCGCUCCGCGCGCGCCCCCCGCCGCGAGUCGCGCGCCCGCGCCCGCGAGCUCGACGAGGCCGUUCACUGCG